AUGUUUCAAAUUCGUCAAUUUUCCUAUGCCCUUCUACAGCGUGCCUAUUGCUAUUCUUUGAAUCGUUACCAAUCGAGCACAACAAAUGAUGUUGUCAAUAGUUCUUCAUCAGACACUGACAACAAACAACUAAUCAAUUCAACAUCGUGGGCUACGUCAGAUACAAAUGGUUUAGUUAAACAGUUAUCAAUAAGAAUUAAAUCUGGUGGGCCUAUAACCAUAGCUGAUUUUAUGCGUGAAGCACUAUUAAAUCCAAAGGAUGGUUAUUACACGCGACAUGAAGUGUUCGGGAAAAAAGGCGAUUUUAUCACGGCACCUGAAAUUAGUCAGAUCUUUGGCGAAUUGUUAGCCAUAUGGGUCAUGUAUGAGCAUUCAUCAAACGGCGACAAUGCUAUGCAAUUAGUGGAAUUAGGACCUGGUAGAGGUACACUGAUGAAGGAUAUUAUUCGAGUAUUAGAAAAGCGAAAAUAUUCGGAUAAAAAUACAUUUAUUGCUUUGUAUGAGGCUAGUGAACUUAUGCGAAAACGUCAAGCUGAAACAUUACUUGGGCAAUCGGUCGAUCCCGUGAUUAAUACUGAUUAUCGAAUACCGAAUAGUAAUUAUUCACUUAAAUGGAUAGACGAUCUUAAACAAUUAAAUUCUCAUAAUACAUAUUUUAUUGCUAAUGAACUUUUUGAUGCGUAUCCCAUACAUAAAUUUCAAAAAACUCCAAAAGGUUGGAAAGAAGUCAUGAUUGAUUGGAAUCCAAUAACAAAACAAUUGCAAUAUGUGUUGUCAUCAAGACAAACAACGAUCGGUCAACUCUAUCAAAAUUUUCUUAUCGAUAUAAAAGAUAGACAGCAUGUAGAAAUCAGUCCACAACGUUCGGUGAUGAUGCAAAAUAUAUGUGCACAUAUAAAGACUCAUGGUGGUUCGGCUUUGAUAGGCGAUUAUGGUCAUUGGGGAGAAAAAGAAGAUACAUUUCGGGGAUUUUGUAAACAUGAAGUGGUUGAUGCACUUUCAGAUCCAGGAAAUAUUGAUAUAACAGCAGAUGUUGAUUUUGAAGAAUUAGCCUUAAGUGGUUCGCAAAUAUCAAGCGUUCACUUCUAUGGACCAAUAUCGCAGAGAAAUUUUCUCUAUAAUUUAGGUAUUGAUGUACGAGCUACAAUACUCGCUCGUAAUAAAACUGCAGAACAACAAAAAGAAAUUUUAAGUGCUGUGGAAAAAUUAGUCAGUCCUAAUUAUAUGGGCGAUCGAUUUCUUUAUCUAUGUGUACAACACGAAAAUAAUAAAAAAACACCUGUUGGCUUUUCUUCUUCCGAUUAG